AUGGCAGCAAAGUCACACUCCAAGACUGCGGACGGCAAAUUUGCCGAUCUACAAAAGGACACCAUCGAAGUCAACGACAAGCAGCACAUGACAACUGACAAUGGCGUCAAAAUCUCCAACCCAGACCAAUGGCUCCGCAUCGUAGACGAAAAGAAUCUUGGGCCCUCACUCCUGGAAGAUCAGAUCGCCCGCGAAAAGAUCACGCGCUUCGACCACGAACGCAUUCCAGAGAGAGUAGUACAUGCGCGCGGAAGCGGCGCCUUCGGCACGUUCAAGCUAUUCGAGAGCGCCGAGGACGUAACAACCGCGGGAAUACUGACUGAUACAAAGCGGGAGACGCCGCUGUUCGUGCGAUUCUCGACUGUGCAGGGUAGCAGGGGCAGUGCGGAUACAGUGCGCGAUGUGCGCGGGUUCGCUGUUAAGAUGUAUACCGCGGAGGGAAACUGGGAUAUCGUCGGGAAUAACAUUCCUGUUUUCUUUAUUCAGGACUCGAUCAAGUUCCCUGAUGUUAUUCAUUCUGUUAAGCCUGAGCCGCAUAAUGAGGUGCCGCAGGGUCAGAGUGCGCACAAUAAUUUCUGGGAUUUCCAGUAUCUGCAUUCGGAGGCUACGCAUAUGAACCAGUGGAUUAUGUCCGAUAGAGCUAUUCCGCGGUCUCUCCGCAUGAUGCAGGGAUUCGGCGUGAAUACCUAUUCCUUGAUUAACAAGGCCGGCAAGCGUCAUUUCGUCAAGUUCCACUUCACUCCAGAGCUGGGCGUGCACUCUCUCGUCUGGGAUGAGGCGUUGAAGAUCGGCGGCCAGGAUCCCGACUUCCACCGGAAAGACUUAAUGGAGGCGAUCGAGGCAGGACACUUCCCACGCUGGAAGUUCGGCCUGCAACUCAUCCCCGAAGAAAAGGCCGACAGCUUCGAGUUCGACCCUCUCGACGCCACGAAGGUCUGGCCCGAAGAGCUCGUGCCUAUCCGCUACAUCGGCGAGAUGGAACUUAACCGUAACAUCGACGAGUUCUUCCCUCAGACCGAGCAGGUCGCAUUCUGCACGAGUCACAUUGUGCCAGGCAUCGACUUCUCCGACGAUCCUCUGCUUCAAGGCCGCAACUUCUCAUACUUCGACACGCAGAUUUCGCGGCUCGGACCGAAUUGGGAGGAGCUGCCUAUCAACCGGCCAGUAUGUCCAUACAUGAACCUGGUCAACCGCGACGGCCAGGGCAGACAUCGCAUCACUAAGAGCAAGGUGAACUACUGGCCGAACCGGUUCUCUGCGAAUCCACCCGCGACCGCAGAGCAGGGCGGCUUCGUCAGCUACCCGGCAAAACCGCAGGGCGCAAAGAAGCGCGCGCUGUCAGAGAAGUUCAAGGAGCACUUCAACCAGCCGCAGGUGUUCUACAACUCGCUCUCACCAAUUGAGAAGAUGCAUGUGGCCAAGGCAUUCUCAUUCGAGCUAGAUCACUGCGACGACCCCGUCGUCUACAAGCGCAUGUCAGAACGUCUAACAGCCAUCGAUCUAGACCUAGCCAAGACCGUCGCGAAGAAUGUCGGUGGCGACGCACCCGUCAAAGCCUCCAAGGAAAACAGGGGUAUGAAAGCCAAGGGUCUGAGCCAGCUUGAAUUCAUGCCGGAGAAACCCAUCAUUGCGACGCGUCGCAUCGCCAUCCUGAUUGCUGACGGCUUCGACUUCAACCAGUACACCACAAUGAAGGAAGUGCUCAAGGAGCGCGGCGCGUUUGUUAUCACAGUCGGUACGCAGCGCCAGGGUGUGACUGCCGAGUCUGGGCAGAAGGUUAUCCCUGACCACUUCUAUUCUGGAAUGCGGUCGACGCUGUUCGACGCGGUCUACGUGCCUGGCGGAAAGCAUAUCCAGGCGCUGUCAAAGAAUGGCGUAUUCAAGCACUGGAUUUCCGAGUCUUUCGCUCAUCUGAAGGCUAUUGCUGGCGCCAACGAGGCUGUGCCGUUUAUUGAGCGGCAGAUCGGGCUUUCUGAGGUCGAGGUUGCGAAGAGUGGUUCUCCGCUGAAGGAGUCGUAUGGUGUGGUUACGGGCCAUGGAGAUGCGGUUUCGUUGUUGAAGGUUGGCACGGUCGCGCCCGAUUCGAAGGGUCUAGCUGAGCAAUUUAUUUGGCAUGUUUCUCAACACCGCAACUGGGCGCGUGAGCUGGAUGGACUUUCAGAUCAGAUUGCUGCUUAA